CUGAGGUUAAAUCCAACCACUCUUCAAUUAGUUUUACUAAAGUGCUCAGACUUCGAAGGUGUAACAACCUGUCGCGGGAAGUGUAGUGGUGGUAGCAAUGCAAUGCAAACUGAAGUCUUCAUGACCCUACAGACAACUACAUUUACAUUCGCCUUUCUACCGUCAUCGCGUGAGUUACGGCAAGAAGUCAGGUGUAACACCAGCGACAAGUGGUCUAAUCAUGUGAACUCCAUGCACUUGUCUGUGUUCCAACCUGGUCAUCCAUUUCAAAUAUGCGGAGCAGACCACUGUUUUAAAGGUCAGCGUAAUAACAACACGACAAACCCCGCGGUAUUCAUCUACCCAAUUAACCGGUUUCAUGUACGCUUAAAGGAAAAGCACUUCCGUGAUCUCCCACACACAACACUGAAGACAUGGCGAGGACCGCUGACCUCGCCCAGAAUGGACAUGUAAGGCAUGUACUGAACCAGGACAACGUGAGAAAUACUGCAACAACGAAAAAUGGAUAUCACAAUAAAAUUUUGAGAAAUGGCACAGGAGCUGGCCCUCUGCCUCGUCGGAAGGGAGAGGAUUCCUUUGAACAGGCGCCCAUGCAUGUGGCCGUCCUCACCUACAUCGGCUUCGGAAUCGUCACCUUGUUUGGCUACUUCCGAGACUUCCUGCGGGCAGUUAGGCUGGAGAAAUGCCAUGUCGCCCAGGAACGGGAUGAGCAAAAGGACUUUGUUCCCCUUUACCAAGAUUUUGAGAACUUUUACACCCGUAACCUUUACAUGAGGGUACGUGACAGCUGGAACCGACCCAUCUGCAGUGUGCCAGGUCCUGUGUUUGACCUCAUGGAGAGGGUGACCGAUGACUACAACUGGACCUAUAGGCUGACGGGGAGAACCAUAAAGAACGUCAUAAACAUGGGGUCCUACAACUACCUGGGCUUUGCCGAGAACAACGCUGACUUCUUGAGGACCGUGGCUGAUAAAACCAGCGAGUAUGGGGUGGGGGUCUGCAGCACUAGACAGGAACUUGGUAACCUGAGCAUCCACGAGGAGCUGGAGAAACUUGUGGCUGAAUUCCUAGGGGUGGAGUCUGCUUUGACCUUUGGAAUGGGCUUCGCCACAAAUUCCAUGAACAUUCCAGCACUUGUUGGCAAGGGUUGCCUUAUCUUGAGUGACGAACUCAACCAUGCGUCUCUCGUCUUGGGAGCCAGGUUGUCUGGGGCAAUGAUACGAGUGUUCAAGCACAACAACAUGCAGAGCUUGGAGAAGCUGCUGAAGGAGGCGGUGAGCUCGGGCCAGCCACGCACACACCGGCCCUGGAAAAAGAUCCUUAUCCUGGUGGAGGGCGUCUACAGUAUGGAGGGUUCAUUAGUGCGUCUGCCAGAGAUCGUGGCCUUGAAGAAGAAGUACAAGGCCUAUCUGUAUCUGGACGAGGCCCACAGCAUCGGUGCCGUUGGCCCCACGGGCCGGGGUGUCUUUGAGCACUUCGGGAUUAACCCCCUGGAUGUGGACGUGCACAUGGGAACCUUCACCAAGAGCUUCGGGGCCGCCGGGGGAUAUAUCGCUGGCAGAAAGGAGCUGGUGGACUACCUGCGUACCUACUCCCACAGUGCUGUCUACUCCUCCGCCAUGUCGCCGCCAAUCACAGAGCAGAUCAUCAGAGCCAUGAAAUGCAUCAUGGGAACGGACGGCACCAAAGAGGGGUUCAACAGAGUGCGUCGGCUGGGGGAGAACACCAGGUACUUCAGGUCACGUCUGCAGGAGAUGGGCUUCAUCAUUUACGGCAACAGAGACUCCCCCGUGGUCCCUCUGCUGCUCUACCUACCAGGGAAAGUUGUGGCUUUCUCACGCACGUUGCUGGCUCAGAACAUAGGCGUGGUGGUGGUGGGGUUCCCCGCCACGCCAAUCACCGAGGCCCGGGCUCGCUUCUGCGUGUCGGCUGCCCACACCAGACCCAUGCUGGACAAGGUGUUGAAGGCGCUGGACGAGACAGGCGACCUGCUUCGGGUGAAGUUCUCCCGCCGCAGGCCCUCCUCCGCGAGGCCGGAGCUUCGCGAAGAGACCGACUACGAGCCGGACGGCUGAUAAGAACUAGAGCCCUCCAGUGAUCUGCUCUGUGAGCACUAGUCCCGAAGGACAGUCCAUAUAAACUCCAUAGUCCUCUAUUUCAGGAGGACAGGAUUUGUUACUCAGUCUCCCAUGAAACCACAGGAUCCCCAUCCACUCUUCGCUGGAGGAAUUCGGAAAUGUGACACUCCUAAAUGUGGACGCUCGUAAUAAUGUUCUUGAGGCUCCUGCCCAUACUGCCGAUAAUCAUGAUUGAAAUCUGUGCCCGCUGGGGGGGGGGGGGGGGGAGGGACUAUCAUGAGGGGAAACUGAAGAUGAAGGAAUAUGAAAGCCUUCAAAAGAUGCAGCAGAUUAAAAUGAAAAAAUCACAAACAGACCAGACAAUUAACUCUACAUCUUUGACCUCCAUCACAUUUCCAAGUGCAGAUUAUGGAGCCCUUGAAAUGGUCAUUUUUGUUAACAGCUCUUUGCAAUGUUGGAAAAAGACCACCAUGGAGCACACGGUUAUGAGUGUGGAUGAUUGAGAGGACACGAGGAGGAGGAGUGUUUUUUUGUUGGGCUUUAUGUCACCAAUGGAAAAAGCUGCGGUUGUUUGAUAUACUAUUGUGUUAUACAUCUGUUUGUCAGACUUCCCACUCACUAAUGCAUUACCGCAAUUACUCGUUCCAGAAAGUUCUAUGAUGAGCUAGCAGACACAUGAAUGAUACAGAAGGAUUACACUUUUAUAGUAUGUGUGAUGUGAUGAUUUCAAAAUAAUAACUUAAUUUCCACCUUAA